AUGUCUUCUGGAGAACACUCGCUGGUGGCCUUUAUUCAAAGCCUUUGGAAUGAUCCAACUUUGAGUGAUUUUGAGAUUCGCAUCCAAUGCAAACAACAAACAAGUAGCAAGUGCUACUGCUCAUUGGUUUUCAAAAAAGAAGAGAACGAUGAUCAUUGUCCUUCCACUGCUUUUCAUGUUCAUCAGUUAGUGUUGCAGCAAUCUCCGAUAUUUGCAAAAUAUUUUCGGUGCGAUGAAUAUCACAACAAGUUUUACAUAUUUCAAUGUGAUGGAUGUGAUGAAAUGGAACGAUUGAUGGCAAGUGUUGAAUUUGCUUUCAAAUUAGUAUAUGGCUAUUCGUUUACAGAGUUAUUGAAUCGUUUUUGCAGUAGUGUGGUGGCUGUGGAAAAAGUGAUUGACCUUUUGAUGGAAUUCCAGUUUUAUCAUGUUUUGAGAGAUGUGGUGAAUGAUCUCAAGCAAGAGAUGAAUUCAACAGUAGAGAGUGCACCAGAAACAGUAUCUUUAAUAUCAACACGAUGGAUGACAUUGUGGAGAACAUUCUUUAGACUGAAAUUAAAAUAUUGCAACCAUCAGCAAGAAAUAGAUCAAUUCCUUCAAAGCAUCAUGGCACAUUGGUCAUGUGUUUUAAAUGUUGCUCUCAAUGAAGAACCUGGAAACUCAUUAUGCGAACAUAGGUUGGAUAGCCUUGUGAAAGAAUUAUCAUGUGAAGAGCUUGAAGCUUUUUUGAAUCAAAUUCCUUUUGAUAUGUGGAACACAGUGAAGAUUACUGAUCUUCUCUUGGCUUGGAUGAAAAGUGACAUUCCCAAUCGAGCUUCAAAAGUUGGACAUGUGUUAAACGCCAUCAAGCAUAAAAUGCAGUGCUUCAUUUUCUCAAAAGAUCAUCCACCAGUACCAACCAUCUCAGGAUUUGCAAACAAGCUCAACCCAAAGGUUCCACCUCCUCCUCCUACUCUGUCACGUUCAUUUCAACAACAGCCGCAAAGAUUCCCUCAAAGCGUGAUCGAUAUUAUUAACCCACCUCAUUCGAAACAUCCUCUCUUAAUGGAGGAGAAUUCUGAUGAUGACGAUUGGGACGAUGAUUGGUAA